AUGAUGCACAGCUUAGUCGCGUUUCUACACAUUGUUGCCUCUGCACUUGUAGUGCUCGGUGUAGCAGUGGAUGAUAAUAUGAGUGAUCGUGUUGCGGAAAAUAUUUCGGAACCAAGCACUGUAAAUGCAUGCGAGAACACAACAAUCUAUAAAUUACCAGAAAACUAUUCAGAGAGAGGUCCGUGGACGGUGGGUGCUAGGAAUAUCGAACUAGCAGGAUAUAAUACUGAAGUAUGGUAUCCUGCUUUAUGGGGUAGUGAAGCAGGCAAAGACAAGCAUGUGUACGAUAUACGUCAGUGGAUACCCGAAAAUAUGGCGGAUGAUAUCCCAGAUGACAUUGUUGUAGAACAAGUGUGUGACUGCUACAUAGGUUUACCUGUAGAUUCCGAGCAUGGCCCUUAUCCUGUUAUGGUAUUCAUACAUGGAACGGCUGGAUUCCGGACACAAUCGCUCACUAUCGUGAAUCACUGGGCAAGUAGGGGGUUCAUUGUUGUGGCAGCUGACCAUCCAGGACUAUACUUAGGAUCACUGCUCAGUUUCCAACUUCAGCGGGAUGUGCCAGGGGAUGUAGAUGCGAUGAUCAACGCGCUAAAAGCAAAUGUAUCUGAUAUUGCAUUUCUUGAGGGUAAAAUGGAUCUAAGUAGGAUCGCAGUAUCAGGCCACAGUGCUGGCGGGUUCAGUCUAAAUGAUAUGGGAGAGAUCGAAGGUGUGCUUGUGCUCAUCCCGAUGGCGGCAGAUGGCACCAACGGUACAGACUUUCCGGGAUCCUCACUGAUUCUUGGCGCGGUGGACGAUGCCAUCGUUGCAUAUGACAGACAAGCAGAAGGUUAUGAAGUAACGCCGCCCAGUAAAAGGCUCGUGGGUAUCGCGAAUGCAGGCCAUCUGGCGUUCUCUGAUUUGUGUGUCAUUGGUGCUGAUGACGGCGGAAUAGUGGAGAUUGCGUUCAGCGUGGGAUUGCCAAUUCCAGAUGUUUUGUUGAAUCAGUUCGCCCGUCUAGGUACCGACGGAUGUGACCCUGGCCAAUUGGCACCCCAAAAGGGUUGGGAUAUCGUUAACUACGCUUCAUCAGCUGUGAUGGAGGAAGCGCUGAUGUGCGAUUUGAAGGCAGUGGAGGCUUUGAGGAACAUAACCGAUACUUUUGAGGAUGUAUCAGAGUAUAGAGAAGACUUGAUUAUAGUUGAUUUAGUAGAUGGGAGUACACCGCAAGACGCGGCCACGACAGAAGAUUUAAUCGUAUAGAGUACCAAGUUUUUAAAUCGGAUAUCAAGUUUCACAGCACCGUUGAAAGUCCGUUCAGUGGCCACUUCAGCGACUACCGGCACAAAAUCGAUAUACAUGCCAAAGCGAUGAAAUGAAGCAGUGGUAUAGCUCACGGUAUUUGCCGCGACUCCUGGCCAUUCUGUAAACAAUAGUAGGUUUACCGGUUAAAUAAUGGCCGGUUUAAUAAUGGCUUUCAAUUAUGGCAGCUAUAAGAGUGGUUACGGUCAGUAAUGAGCUUGUGCCGGCAGGUGUCGGCCUAAAGAAUUUCUUGGCAAGAAGAGCCCAUCAUCAAAUGGUCAAACAGAUGGCCAGGCAUAAUACUAGGGGAACAUGUAG